GCCCAACUCUAACUCUACAUCACAUUACUCUUAGCAGCUUUUUUUUUCCACAAUGCUUCUGUGCUAAGGUUCUGAUCAGUGAGCAUGCAAGCGUCUUGCUCGCGAAAAAGCAAACCAAAAGCAGAAAGUCCUGUCUUUUCCCUAAUUAAAGCUGCUCCCUUUCCACAUACACACGGCCUAACCAAACGGGUCCUUAUAUACCCCCACAUGGAAACUUCCAAACUCCAACAAGCUUGAAUCCUUCCCCAGGCCACACAAAUUCCAACAUUCUUUAACUCUUUCAAAUUUCGAAAAGAGAUAAAAAUAGAAACUUUGAAAUAAAUGGAAGUGGACCCAUUGGCAGAGGACUUUCCACUUCCAGAGUCGGUGGUCACUAUACUGGAGUCGCCGCUGCCGCCUGCCGUGGAGGCGUUGCUACAGAAGAUAUGUUCGGAGCAGUCCCAGGUGCCGCCGGACGUCGUGUUGAGGAGGCGGCUGGCCGCCAUCGGAGAAGAAGGGGCCAAGGAAAUCUUGAAGAGAGUUGCCGCUCGGAAUGUCAGAAGCUUGAGUGGGUUCAUAGUUUACAUGCUGAACAGAUACCCAGAGUGUCUCCGUGAAGAUAGCAUUAGCCCAGCAGGGAAGUCUGCGGAAAAAAGGAACCCCAUUAUUUCCCCUCCAAAGGCAUUAGAAGGAACCAGGACCCCCAAUUCUACUCCCAGGAAACGCUCCGGCUUGUUUCGCUACUUUUCUUUCCAAGAUGCUCCAGGAAGUUCAGAACGGCCGAGUCCACCAAAAGCCGUGCGGCUGUUAUCUUUUCUUGGUGAGCCAAGAUCUAAUGAGAGGGCAAACCAUCUAAUGAUCAGUGAACAGUUAAACUUGCUAAGCCAACUUGAAUUUCGGAAGUUUUUUCUAAUAUUGAGCUACAUUGGCAGAAACAAACUGGAAGAAGUUAUAUCUCUAGAUGCCGCUAGGGAUAUUCUCGAACUUAGAGAUUUACCUAUGGCAGAAUUUGAAUCAUGUAUAUGGAAUGUCCAUGGCCAUGGAAGUUAUGUUGGGUCUGAAAGACCUAAGUACUUGGACUGGGAUUCUGGUAAGACUCAUAUGUAUCAUUGUAAUGUUGACCAAAGAGGGCAAUGCACUUUUAAGGGGCCUCUUUUGGACACAACAAGAACUCAUUUACAGAGGGCUCUUGGGGAUGAGAAUGUGUUGUGUGUCAAAUUCGCUUCAGAAAAUGAAUGUUGUGCUAAGAUAGUUGCAGAUGAAGGAAUAUUUGUAGGCGUGAGGCGCUACCGAUUUUUUGUCUAUAAAGAUGACAAAGAGAAGAAGAGGAAGAAGAGUCUCGACGAAACAAAAAGAAUGCCGGCCUCUUUGAAAUGCUAUUUUGUUCGGUUUGAUUCAAUUGGGCCAUGCAAAGACGAUAUGUCUUAUACAUUUGCUACGAAAAAGAUUAAUGAAGCAAGGUCACAUUUUAUGCAUGUACACACAGUUGCUAGCAUGUCAAAGUAUAUAGCCAGAUUUUCAUUAAUCCUCUCAAAGACAAUAAAAUUUCCGGUUAAUCUUGCUUGUGUGGAUGUUCAAGAUAUUGAAGAUAUACUCUGCCUGGAUGAAAAUGGUCAUGUUGUCCUUGAUGAAGAUGGAGAACCCCGCAUACACACAGAUGGAACUGGAUAUAUUUCUGAAGAUUUAGCCUUGCGAUGUCCCAAAGAAUUCUACAGCGCAAGAUUGAUUAGUGAUGGAAAUUUUGAGCAAUUUCAAGAUAUUACUGAGCUUGAUGAUAACGAUAUGGAAGGAAUACAUUCUUGGAAUAGAGAAGCGCCGUUGCUAAUGCAAGUUCGUCUGUUCAACAAUGGGCGUGCCAUCAAAGGAACUCUUCUAAUUAACAAGCAGAUUGGACCACGGAAAAUUCAGGUUAGACCUUCAAUGGUAAAAGUCGAGAAAGAUCCAAAACUUUCAGCUAACUCUACUUUUAACUCAUUGGAGAUAGUUGCAAUUAGCCAUAAACCCAAGAGGUCAUACCUGUCAAAGUAUCUGAUUGCUCUGUUGAGCUAUGGAGGAGUCCCUGAAGACUACUUUUUGGAUUUAAUGGAAAGUGCAUUGGAAGAGACAAAAACCAUAUACACUAACAGAAGAGCAGCACUGAAAGCUGCUGUGAAAUACGGAGACAUGGAUUAUGAGUACACAACCGCUAAGAUUAUCUCAUCCGGGGUGCCUUUGGGUGAACCUUAUCUCCGUAGUUGUUUAUCCAGACUGGCAAACAUGGAAAAAGACCAUAUUAAAAGAGGAAAGCUUCCAAUAAGUAACACUUGUUACCUAAUGGGGACAGCUGAUCCGACAGGGAUGCUAAAACAUGAUGAAGUUUGUGUUAUCCUUGAAAAUGGUCAUGUUACUGGGAAGGUGUUGGUGUACAAAAGUCCUGGUCUUCACUUUGGGGAUAUACACAUAAUGAAUGCUAAAUAUGUGCAAGAACUGGACCAUAUUGUUGGUAACGCUAAAUAUGCUAUCUUCUUCUCAACAAAAGGGCCAAUAUCAGUCGCAACUGAAAUUGCAAACAGUGAUUUUGACGGUGACAUGUAUUGGGUUUCAAUGAAUCCUCAGCUCUUGAAUUACUAUAAAGUAAGUGAGCCUUGGAGUCGUGCCUAUGUAAUACCAAAAGCAGUCAGUAGAAGGCCAUCUGAGUUCACACCUAGUGAGUUGGAGUAUGAACUUCUUCGAAUAUUUUUAGAAGGAAAGAAGUCAGGAAACAAUAUGGCACUGGCAGCAGAUAGUUGGCUAGCAUGUAUGGAUCGGUUUUUGACAUUGGGCAAUAAUAACUAUACACAUGAGAAGGUUGAAUUGAGAAGAAAGAUGCUUCACUUAAUUGACUUAUACUAUGAAGCAUUAGAUGCACCCCAAAACUGGAAAGAAGGUUAACAUCCCUUCUGGAUUGAAGCCAGAAAAGUAUCCUCAUUACAUGGAGAGGAAACCUAGUUAUGACUCUACCUCUGUUCUUGGUAAGCUUUACAACUACAGAGAGUCAUCCAAGCCCGAAGAGAACUCUCGAAUAGAGGUUUGGAAAUUGCCAUGUUUUGAUGUUGAAGUUCCAGACGCAUGUAUGAUCCUUUGGGGGGAGAGAUAUCAUAAACAUUAUUUACCAGAAAUGACAGAGGCCAUGAAUUGUGGACCUGGUGGCUCUGAAGUAAGAAAUGUUGCUGCAAAUGAUGUAAUCAAGAAAUACAAGCAGUUGCUAUAUGAUGCUUCUGAUUUUGAAGAGAGCACGCGAAAGAUUGACGAAAUCUUUAAUGAAGCUUUGGCCAUCUAUAAUGUAUGUUAUGAUUAUGCAAAGAGAUUCAAUGAUAUAAAGAAAUGCAGUUUUGCAUGGAGGGUAGCUGGUUCUGCUCUCUGCAAAUAUCAUGCACUGAAGCAAAAGGGACGGCCCUUCCUCAUCUUACCAUCCAUUUUGCAGGACAUCUUAUGAUGGUUAGGCUGUUGAACCAUAGAAUCAGCUAGAUGGUCUGUAUUUUUCUUAAAUUCAUGUAAUAGUGUUGCAUUAGUUUUUAUUUAUCACUACAAUAUAAUUGCGAUUUUGCAAUGGACAAAAUGAUGUUGCAAAUCGGUCAAACUCUGUUGUAAAUAUCGAUUUGCAACAAAAAUUGCAUGAGUCUGUUGCAAUACUGCUUUAGUUAGUGUUUUUCUUAAUGUGUUGUAAAUGUGUUGUAUUAAUGUUAACGUAUUAGUACACUAACAUUGUCAAACUCUGCCGUAAAUAACGAUUUGUAAUGUAAAUUGCCUCAACUGUAAAUUGCCUCAACAUUAACGUGUUAAUGUUCUGUUCUCC